CAGCAGAAAUAUUUAAUGAGCGACAUGAGAACAGUAACGUGCAUCGAACAAUUUUGUGAAGAUAUGAGUGAACGAAUUAUAAAUGAUGAACAUUUUCUAUUCAACUCUUGCUUUUCCGACGAAUGUUGCUUUUCCUUAAAUGGCGUAGUAAAUCGUCAUAACUGCCGAUAUUGGUCCGAUUGUAAUUCCAGAAUUUAUCAUGAGGUUCAUACACAGCAGCCACAAUAAUUAAGAAAUUAAGCUAUUAAAAAAAUGAUAAGUUACUAUUCGUAUGUCAUGUCAAUUUGGAUAUUUAAUUCAAGUGAAACAGUCCUAACUACUGUUCAUAAUUCCAUUUACUAUUAGAUGAUAACCAAGACGAUGUUAUCGAUCAUUACCUUUCUGAAUUAUUAAUGAGAUGGUGCCAGUGUAACUAGAAUUAGAUUGAACGUUUUUAUUAUGCAAGAGGGAAAAAGUCCGGGUCACGAGUACUAUACAGGACAUCAUUACGACAACACAUAAAGUUUAUGUUUUUAUUUUCAAUUUUACUGUUUCGUGGAAAUAUUAUUCCCUUGUUAUGAAUCCAGCAGGUUUAGUAUGAAGCGUUUUUUGCAUAUACACCACGUAUAUAUGUUCAUAUAGUAUACAAAAAAUAAUAAUAUAAUCCCUACUCAGUAUUAUAAGUGCGAAAGUGUACAUGUUUGUAUGUAUGCUUCACGCCAAAACGGUUGAACCAAUUUUGAUGAAUUUAAGCACAGAUAUAGAUUAGACCUUGGUAACGGACAGCAUCCUUGUAGAAAAAUAAAACUAGAAGGGGUUAACACUCUUGAAGCUAAAGAAUCUAAAAUAUUUCAAAUCAGGCCAGCAUAGAACAUUAACAAGUACUUCUAGAAAUUAUAUCCUUAAGAAAUGGUAGGGGGGUGGUGAAUAUCUCUAUGAGCAAACCUUAUCAUUUUACAAGUUAAGGAGGGGGGGUAUAGAUACGACCGAUGACGCUGAUUGGUCAAAUAAGCAAUUUGAGGAUAGACAAAAUUUGAAUUUCAAGCAUAAAUUUCUCUUUUGUUACUAAACUAGAUAGUGUAAUAUUUCACAUAUGGCAGUAAAAGUUAUAGCUAGGGUUUUGAGAAUAACUUCUGUUUUCACCUAUAUUUUAAGCGUACGAAGUCGUGGGUCCUUACCCUAGCUCUUGCUAGGUUCCUAUAAAAAUGUCCCUCUGGGCUGUACAGGAUGAUUAAAAAUCUUUUAUCGGUUACUAUGUUUUUAAAAUGAUGAAUCUACAAUAGUACUAAAAACUGAAAUAACAUUGUAUUUUUUUCAGUUUAAAGUUUCUUUCGUACAGUUUACCGUAUAGUGUAUAGUGAACCAUAUUAUCAUUUGUAUGACAAUCACAGAAACUAAAGAGUAAGAAUUGUUUAAAACUUCGAUGCACAUCCAUUUGGGCCUCAUGAAGCCAAUAAGCAGAAACGCAGGUCGCUCGGAUUACCAAUCUUUCUGUUUCUGCUUCUGUUGCUUUAUUGCGGACUCACGUUUGUCCUUUUUUUUUCAUCUAAAUUUCCGCAAAAUUACUUUUUCUUAGAAUUAUUAGAGACAUAAACUGUCGAUACUAAUGUCCAUUUUCAAGAUAUUACAGGGCCUGGCGUUUAUCCAUAGGCACGGAUUUUUCCACAGAGACUUGAAACCAGAAAACAUACUAUGUUCAGGACCAGAUUUAGUAAAAAUCGCCGAUUUUGGUUUGGUUAGAGAAAUCAGAUCUAGGCCGCCAUAUACUGAUUAUGUAUCUACUAGGUGGUAUAGGGCUCCAGAAGUUUUACUUCAUUCGACCACAUAUAGCAGCCCUAUAGAUCUUUGGGCUGUAGGUUGCAUAGCAGCAGAAAUAUAUACGUAUAGACCUUUGUUUCCUGGUACAACUGAAACGGACCAGUUGUAUAAGAUUUGUGCCAUUUUAGGAACUCCAGACAAGAAUAAGUGGCCAGAAUGCUAUCAACUAGCUGGAGCAGUAGGAUUCAAAUUUCCAUAUUUUGCCAAAACGCUAUUGAGCGAUGUUGUACCUCAAGCAAGCCCAAAUUCCAUAGUUCUCAUGGAGCAACUUUUGGAAUGGAACCCUGCAUAUAGGCCAACCGCUCAGGCGGCCUUAAAACAUCCUUAUUUUCACGUUGGUCAGUACAGUGCGCUGCAAGCUAAUCGUCAGAUACAGUUGAAUAGUGCAUUGAAAUCACAUACCAAUGGAAUAUUCCAGAAAAUUCCUCAACAACAGUCUUCAAUGCUAACUGAGGAAACUCAAUCCUAUGCUGCUCAACCACAGGUUCAAGUUCAGACUAAUCUUCGACCUGUGGUUAAAGCUGCUCCACAACCAGCCGCUCUAAUGCAACCUUCAGUACAAAUCAAUAUUCAAUCGUUGAUAAAGCCUGCGAAAACUCCAGAAAAAUCCCAACCUAUAGUAUAUAGCUUCGGACAAUCUGACUAUACAGGAAAAUAUGUGCCUAUGUUCAACAAUCUGAAUCACAACAGAACUGUGCCCAAUAAGAAAAUCACCUGGGGCUUGGGGACGAAUUUUGAGUACGAGGAUGAUUUUGCUGAUAUUUUGGGGAAUAAGAUAAAAAUUCCGUCGAUGGAAAAAUCUGCCAAGGAAUCUAAGAUGAACCUUAGCCAAUAUAACUUGCAGGAUAUUCUAGAGCCUCUAGCAAAAGCCAGUGCGGGAACUGCAAGAAGCCAGUAUUUAAGCGUCUCUAGAUAUGUGGCAGGUCAGCCCUCGGGGGUGCGAAGAGAUUCAAAUAUUAGUUUAUUAUCAAAUUUAUCGAAUGAAAGGAGGAGUGGUGUGCACAGGAAGCAGUCAAGUAAACUGGAUGUACCCACCAUGUGGUCAGAAAUAGGAGACUUGAAUUCCGGCAAACGCAGAAUGGGAAAUUUAAACUUAUCCAAUUCCAAUGGUUUUGAUUUAACAGCCAAGUAAAUAGAGCUUCUCAACAAUGGAAAAACAAAAAAUUGGUAUCAAACGUUAUGUGUUUCCCUUGCUGUGGGUGCGUCAAGUGUAAGUUACGUGUGAUGAAGAUUAAUUUCUCUACAUUUUUCUAGAUACUUUAAAUAGAGAAAUUCUGUGGAGGCGUAACUGUGAUAGAUUAUAUAUAUAUUUUUCUAAUGUUAAUCUUAGUUGUCACAUUUCAAAUAAACAUUACACAAUAAAUUAUUUACUUGUUAA